UGGGAGGUUGCAGUCAUGGUUAUCUUUCGAAGGUAAUACGACCUCUUACCGACUCCUGUGCUUUCUCGUAUCGUCGCCGAGUUACCUCGAGGGAUUUUCGACUUUUUAAUGCGUCAAAUGAUUCAACGAAAAUGAGGGUGAUACAAUUCAAGAAGAAUCGGGUUUUUAAAAUCGCCGUCCUCGUCACGAUGCUCGUCCCGCUCUUGUACAUCCUCUACCUCAAGUCCAAUCGGAAAACGGUGUCCCCCAGGUUCGAGGAGCUCAAGAAGCAAGUGCAGCUUCCUUAUAUUGUAGAUGGCAUGGGAAAUUUCGAGCCGACCGACAUCCUCAAACGAAAUGGCCCAGGUGAAGGUGGGAAACCACACAAACUACGUUCAGAUCAAGAAAAUGAUGCUAAGGCCUCAUUGUCUGAUUAUGGCAUGAACAUCGCCUGUUCGGAUGAAAUUGCCCUUGACCGAACUAUACCAGAUCUACGACUUCCAGAGUGCAAGCAUUGGAAUUAUCCUGAAAGUCUUCCUAAAACUUCAGUUGUGAUUGUCUUCCAUAAUGAAGGAUUUUCAGUGCUUAUGCGCACAGUGACUUCGGUCCUGAAAAGGACACCACCAGAGUUUUUAGAAGAAGUACUUUUAGUAGACGAUUACAGUGACAAAGAGGAUUUAAAAUCCAAAUUGGAAAAUACAAUAGAAGAACUCAACGGUAAAGUGAGACUGAUAAGAAAUAAGGAACGUGAAGGGCUGAUAAGAACAAGGUCUAGGGGUGCUGUGGAAGCUCGAGGGAAAGUCAUUGUAUUCCUGGAUGCUCAUUGUGAGGUGAACAUCAAUUGGCUUCCACCACUGCUUGCCCCGAUUGCCUACGACAGAAAGACCAUGACAGUACCUGUCAUUGAUGGCAUCGACUAUCAGACUUUUGAAUACAGAACUGUAUAUCAGGAAGGCCACCAUUUUCGUGGGAUAUUCGAAUGGGGGAUGCUGUACAAAGAAAAUGACCUGCCGGCGAAGGAGAUCUUUGCAAGAGCUCAUCACAGCGAACCGUACUUCUCCCCGACUCAUGCUGGUGGUCUGUUCGCCAUGGAUCGAGAGUACUUCUUAGAGCUUGGAGCUUAUGAUCCUGGCCUUCUUGUCUGGGGAGGAGAAAACUUUGAACUGUCUUUCAAAAUAUGGCAAUGUGGCGGAAGAAUUCUCUGGGUACCUUGUUCAAGAGUAGGUCACGUUUAUCGAGGAUUCAUGCCUUAUAAUUUUGGCUCUCUUGCUAAAAAGAAGAAGGGCCCAUUAAUUACUAUCAAUUACAAACGUGUUAUUGAAACGUGGUUUGAUGACAAGCACAAAGAAUUUUUUUAUACAAGGGAACCUUUGGCAAGGUUCCUCGACAUGGGAGACAUCUCAGAACAGUUGGCCCUCAAGAAAAGGCUGAACUGUAAGAGCUUUCAGUGGUUCAUGGACAAUGUAGCGUAUGACAUGCCAUCAAAGUUUCCUGAGCUUCCUCCAAACAUUCACUGGGGAGAGUUAAGAAAUUUGGCUACACAAAGUUGCAUGGACACAAUGGGUCACCCUGCACCCACGUUGAUGGGUCUAUCAUAUUGCCAUGGCCAUGGGAACAACCAGCUGGUAAGGUUGAACUCAAAGGGCCAACUGGGCAUUGGAGAGAGGUGCAUUGAAGCUGAUUCUACCGGCAUUAAGCUUGUUUUCUGCAAGUUAGGAACUGUCAACGGCCCUUGGCAGUACGACGAGAAGACGAAAAACAUCUACCACCAGCAGAAGCGCAAAUGCAUAGCUGUGAACCCGGAAUCUCAGCUUUUGUCGUUGAUGUCAUGUGACCCGAACAACACCUACCAACAGUGGACCUUCAAGGAAAUACACCCCUCAUGGUGAACAUCUCCGUGACUUUUCCGGGACAAUUUAUUUAUCUGGAAUACCUUUUUGAACAAUAUUUCUUUUUAUUUGAGAAAACAAUUUUUAUAACAUGAAACUAUUGGAAUUUUAUAGAAUGAAAUUAAUUUUUUUUUUUUUUUUUUGGUUUUUUGUAUAUAAAAAAAAUUUAAAAAAUGAAAUUGUGUCAUAUUUGUUGAUAUAUUGAAGGUAUGUAAAAGUAUAUUUUUUAAAAUUA